AUGAAGGCAUCCGAGGUUAAUAUAGAUGUGGGCAAACUUCAAAAACUUUUUAAAGAAAAACAGAAAAAGGAGCUAUAGGAGGAAGAAUAGGAAUAGAAGAAAAAUAAUUUACCUUAGAUAAGGAGGAAAGAAGAGAUGAAAUAACUGAGCUAGAAAAUUUCAAUGCAGAUGUAAAGGCUUAAAACUAUCAAAGAAAAGAAUGGAAAUAUUAUAUCUGAUAGCUUACUGUCUGAGAUUCAAGAAAUUUAGGAGUAGAUCUCACAUCCUGCGUUGGAAAACUCAAAAGAGAAUACAUACGAUAGUCUGCCAGAUUAAAUAAAUGAUAGUGUGAAUUUUAAUCAUGACUUGCUAAAUCAUUCUUAAAGUGCUAUGCUAUUGUAAGGUUUGGACGAGAGUCUUAUUGAAACUAUUCUUGAGUAAGAGAUAUCGGCGAAGGAUAAGGUUAUGCAAAAUAUUAAGACUUCACUAAUGACUUACUCUCGCUAAUAGUAAAGAAAUCAUAUGCCAAAGAAAAAUAAAAUUCUAGCUGAGAAGCCACCAAGAUUCUAAUUUUUUGGGAUUAAACCAAAAAUAGACACUAAGUCGCACAAAAAUUCUAUUGCAAAAUCUCCAGACGAUUCAGGUUUUUUCCUAACUCACACUAAUUUUAAUGACACCGAUCAUUUUAAGAGUAAAGAAAAUACGGUUCAAGAGGUUGAAGACAAGCCUUUAACUAAAAAUGACAUCUUUUUCGCAGCAUUCGAGUAAUCUAUUCUACAGAAUAGGAAUCAAUCAGUACUUAAAAAAUAGCCAUUUUAAUUUUAACUAACAGCAGCGCCUUUUACAACUCAAUUGUCACUAAAUGAUUCAAAUUUCCAUUAACUGAAGAAACAUAUUCAAAAGUCUAGUUUCACUCCAAGAUAGAGCUAUCAUUAUUAUUAGAAGCCUAAAGAUCUUUAUAUAAAUGCAAAAGAUGAUUUAAGAAAGGAGCUACUUAAAGGAAGAAAGAGACAAAGGUCAGUAAAUGAUUCAGAGAGGAGAAAUAAGGAUACUAGUCAAGAUCACAAAGAACUAAAAAAUAUUCAAAGAAAAAUAAAGAGGCUGAUAUGGGAUAGCCAGGGAUCAUCAGGGAAUGAUUAAAGCUUUUUAUCUGUUUCUAAGUCUAUGGAAAACACGAGCCAUGAAAGCAUUAAAAUUCAAUACUUCCUUAAUAAGAUUCAAUUUCCACCUUUGUCUGAUAGGAAGAUGCUCAGACCUUUAUAUCGAAUGGUAGAUGAGAAAGUGUAAAUACCAAAAGAAGAUCUGCAUCCGGUAAAGAGAAGAGUGAGGAGACACACAAUCCACCCAUUAUAAACACAUUUACUCUCAGAUGACAUUCCCAUUGUAAAUUAUGAGGCAAGCAUUUUAUUCACCAAGCAGUUUAGCAUAAUAUAUGAGGAAGUGGAAAGUUUACAAAAAUAGGUUUACAACUUGCUAAGUCUGUUUUACAUUCGUUAAAAGUAUGAUUUCGUGAGUGUUUGCAAAUAGAUGAGUCUUAGGCAAUAGAUUAAUAUAAACAUGACUCUAGAAAUGAUAAUCGCAUUGUGCUUGAACAUUGUUAAGAAACUUUUAAAUAAAUAUGGCGACUAGCCUGAAUUAAUUGGUGUCACAGAUGCAAAUUAUUUAUUAGAAGUCGAUGUAACAGUUGAGGAUGAACAAGAUGCUCUCGCUUAGAAUAUGAAAUCAAUGAAAAAGACUGGCUAAUCACUUUACGAGGCUUAAGAAGCUUACAUGCUAAUGUAUAAGAUCUAUUAAUCUGAGAAUGCUGUUAUGAGUCUUCCCAUUCUACAUGAAUUGGUUGAAAGAAUUGUCAGAGCGCGAUUAUGUAUAGUGGAAGUUAUAGAAUAAUACAAGUUAUACUCUGAUAAGAUAGAUCUACAAGAUAAUUUAUAGCAGAAAGUGGUUGAUCAUAUAUAGUCUAUAUCAAAAGGAGGCGCAGAGAGUUAAUAAAAUAGACUCAAGCAGAUAACAUAGUAAAUAACUAAAGAUAGGUCAGCUUAAAAGAAGAGACUGAUACCUAAGCUACCUAAUGAAACAAGGGAUCUGAUUAGGAAGAAAUCCAUGAGAAUUAUACCGAGGGCUGAGAACACAAGAAGUCAAUAAGCCAAAAUUAUCUAGCUUACUCAACUAUCAGGAGAGAAAAGAGAUGAAGAGAAAUUCUUAAACAGAGUCGGAAAUUAAUCACAUAGAGACAAUUUCUUGACCUAGAGAAAAACGGAAGAGCAAGAUUCGAUACUAAACUAUUGA